ACCGGCACUCCCUAGGAAUGCCACUUAGACCAUGAAGGUCGGCGGUCACAAGAGAUCUUCUAGUUAGUCACGCCUAAUGUCUCGUCUCUUCCGUGUUCCAAGCUGGUCCUGGUCGACCGUUUUGCUGUAUUCGUGCUUCUAGUCUGCGAAUGCGAUGCUGUCAGCUUAGCUUCCCGUGCCUCAGCCUUGCCAAGACUGGUCCUCGAUUCCAGACCAGUGGUUCGGGGCUCCCGAACCUCCAGUCGCAGGCUCGGCUCGCGACUGUCCCUCAUUCCACGUGUCAGUAUCUCGCUACUGAUGUCGCGACCCAAGCACACUUUCUAGAUCAAACGAAUCAGGCUCUCUAUCAGGCUUCCUGCCUUUUCUCUCGGUCAAGAAUCGCCUUUCCCCCCCCAUAAAUUCGGCAUCCCCGUGGGGGGAAUAGGCACCACGGAUAAGCACCAGUACGCGCGUGAUUCACGCUGACGAAUCGGCACCCUCACCCUCACCUAUUCGCUCGCCAUCAUCCCGGCUAUGGCGGUGGGAUCGCGGGGACGGCCUCGUCCCGCGAGCACCGGUCGGCUGUCGGGAGCCGUGCUCGUGCUCAUGAGCUGCCUCGCCACGCUCUACACUGGCGGAAGGCUAUGGCGAGACGUGCAGGUGCAGAAGAAGCUGCUGCAGGAGUCGAAAGACCUGGGAGCUGGAGGACAGUCGAAACAAGAUAAGAGCGCCAGGCCUCUUUCGGUUGAAGACAGCAUACUGACGCUCAAGCUCAGGGAGCUAGAGAAGCGCCACGCCAUGCUGCAGGUGCAGAUGGCGGAGGCCAAGACACGUGGCUUCAUCUCAGCCGUCGGAUCAGCAGCCUCGGACACCUCUGGAAGCGGAUCAGGAGGAGGAGGGGGAGGGGCGGACGCGGCAGGGCAUGCAGGGGCGGGAGCGGUUGCUGGUGGCCGUGCUGGUGAGCACGGCGUUUGGCAACAGGCUCAGGCGAGAGGCCAUCCGCAGCACCUGGAUGCCCACUGGCCCGGCUCUAAAGAAGUUACAGGACGAGAUGGGGGUGGUGCUGCGCUUUGCAGUGGGCCACAGGACGAGUACGAGGAGGUGGAGAAGAGUGGGGGGCGCAAGGUGAAGCACCUGUUUGAAUACGCGGUGAAGCACUGGGACGCCGACUUCUACUUCAAAGUCAACGACGACGUCUACCUCAGCACCAUGCAGCUGGUGUCGUUCCUGCAGCGCCUCAAGGACCGCCCGGGCUCUACAUGGGGUGCUUCAAGUCCGGGGUCGUCGUCACAGAGCCCAAUCAGCAGUGGUUUGAGCCAGAGUGGGCACGUUUUGGCGAUGGAAAACAGUACUUCCAGCAUGCAGCAGCGCCGGUCUAUGGCCUCUCUCGUGACCUCGCCCUUUUCCUUGCCUUCAACGGCCCGCUGCUGCACGAGUACUCCAAUGAGGACAUCUCAGUGGGGUCGUGGAUGCUCGGGCUGACCGCCACCCACCACAACGACCACCGCUCUGCACUCUCACACAUGCUCCCUUUUCACAUGCUUGCAACUUGUCCCAGUUUUCCUAGUUGUAAUGUGGUUGCAUGUGAGGAAACCAAGCAGACACAUCUUCAGACACAUUUUUUCCCAUAUCUUCUGGUACAUUUUCGGAGAUAUCUUCAGACACCGUCCUCGUUGCAGAGUUCUCAACCGACUGCCCUUACCCUAUCGCCUCCCUUGCCCACCCUGCUUUCCCAAUGCUCUCUUGGGCAUCUGCUUGUGUAGAGGACUGUGGGCGGAGGAGGGAGGAGAACAAGGGUUGUGUGGCAGUGUCUGAUUGGCGCUGUGGGGGGCUGUGUGAGGCAGUGAAGCGGAUGAACGAGGUGCACCACCAGUGUGCCUGACUGAGGUACACUACAAGAGCCAGCACUAGUCUUGAGCUGAUUCUCAGUAUAAGCAGCUUGUGUGUGAAUCUAUAGCAGUGCAGGAUAGAUUUGACAUGAACAGUAAGCUCAGCUCAAAUUCUGUUGGUAGCUCAUCGGUGAUUAUUCCAUACCCAUGGCAUCUGACAAGAUUCA